CAUGAGGGAAAUUCAAGAUCUUGAAACUGGGUCAGAGAAUUUUCCAAGAAUGUGGAUGUGAACGUUCAUAUACGUGAACCGAGAAAGAGAUAUCAUCAAUGUGUGAUAUUUGGACGCAAUGGAGACCAUUAAUCCAACAGCAACAACAAAUCCAAACUCUACAUCAGAGGAGCCUAAAGGUUCCAAGAGGGUCACAAAGCCAAGAUACUCAAGGUUCAUGCAACAAGAGCUCCCAUCAUGGAACCCAAUCCUAACUCCCCGCUGGGUAAUCUUCCUGUUUUCGAUCAUCGCUGCAGCCUUCAUCCCCAUCGGCAUCUUCUCCCUUCAAGCCUCUCACAAAGUUGUGGAGAUUGUCAACCAAUAUGAAAAAGCCUGCGCAAACCAGGCGACAGACAAAGUCGCCUACAUUCAAGACUCGAAAAUAAGCAAAAAGUGCACGAGGAUUCUCACAGUGCCCAGGGACAUGAAGAGCCCUAUCUUCGUAUAUUAUCAGCUCGACAACUUCUAUCAGAAUCAUCGCAGGUACUUUUCAAGUCGAAACAACAUACAACUGAAAGAUCCGAACAAAGCCAGCACUACCAAAGGAUGUAAGAACGAGGCGGAGACCAAAGAUAAAUCCCCCAUAGUCCCGUGUGGACUAAUUGCUUGGAGUUUAUUUAACGAUACGUUCAGUUUUUCGCGAGGUAACGAGACGUUGGAGGUAAAUAAGAAGGAGAUUUCGUGGAAUACCGAUAGAAACGAGAGAUUCGGGAAUGAUGUUUACCCCAAGAAUUUUCAAAGUGGGAGCGUUAUUGGCGGGAAGUCUCUUGAUCCUAACAAGCCUUUGAGCGAGCAAGAGGAUUUGAUGGUUUGGAUGAGAGUUGCGGCUCUUCCAACAUUUAGGAAGUUGUAUGGGAAAAUAGAGGUGGAUCUCAAAGCAAAUGAUAAGAUAACCGUGAGCCUUGAGAAUAAUUAUAAUACUUACAGUUUUGGGGGAACAAAGAAGCUUGUGCUUUCUACCGCUACUUGGAUUGGAGGUAAGAAUGAUUUCUUGGGGAUUACAUAUAUUGGUAUUGGAGUGUUAUGCUGUUUUCUUGAAGCAUCCUUUUUUGUACUGUACAUGUUGAGUCCAAGAAAGCUUGCGGAUCCAGCGUAUUUGUCAUGGAAUAGGAAAGCUAGAGGGCAUCAUUAGAUGGUUUUUUUUUUUCAUAAUUUCGAAAUGUAGCAUUCUUCCUUUUUUGUGUUAAAAAAAAUUAUUGCCAAUUGUAUGAUGAGAAA